ACUUCACUCGAAAUCACUUCACUCUUGGCAUCGUUUCUAAAUCCUCACUGAAGAAUUCACAGAACCCUCGUCAAACGGCGGUGCUAUGGCGGAAAUAUCAAAUUCUCCACCGCCGGAACCAAAACUCACCGAACAAAACCCCCAAACUCAGAUAACUGAAUCAUCCACUUCACAAUUCGAUUCCAAAACCAUGCGAAAAACUAAACCCGGCGUUAAACGUCUCAUCAUGACUCUCACAGUUCUCAUCUCUUUCAUAUUAGGUUUUCCACUUCUCAUGAAAUCCAUCGAAAUCUACCGUGCACCUCUCCCCUUUGACCGUAUUGAAUCAUUCUCCUCCAAAAUUGAAUCCAGUCCGUUGCUUUUUCCAUGUCGAUUUAGAGCUAUCUUCGUCGGUUUCAAUUUUAGGGUUUCGAAUAACGAACUUGAAGAGGUUAUUCGGAGGAAAAUGAUUGAUCUCAGCCCCGGCGAAUCGCGCUGUGGCUGUGAUGGUGAUUACUCUGUUUCGGCUGUUGUUGAUUUGGAAGAAGUCAAUGCUGUUGAUUUUGGCGGGAAAUUGAGGGAAAAUAACGAAGAGGCGGAUGAAUUGGUGAAGAGAUUGGUGAAUGUGUAUGGAGAAGAGAAGGUGUAUAGUGUUGUGGUGGUGAAUGGAGAGGAAGAGGUGAAGGCUGUGGUUGGGAAGUAUCGGCACGCGUGGAUUGUUGGUAAGGUUACGCAGGAGGAUGCGGUUUUUCGUGUGGCGGAGAUAUUUGCUAAGGUUUUUGUUAAUGGUAGGAGUGAAGAUGGUGUAAUUCGUAACGAGUUUAUGCCUGUUGGUGCUGAUGGGAGGAUUGUUCUUUCUUUUAGUUUGCUCAAUGCAGACCCGCGAGAUUGGAUUUAUGAUUGGAAUUUCAGUGAAAUAGAUGAGACUUUGUUGCAGCCUGUCAUCGAGGCUUUGAAACCUGUAGCCGAUGUUACGGUUGAAAGCCAGGUUUUGUACCACACACCGAAGUCUUCGUUUUCUUAUUGGGAUGACGAGCACGGCAGCCAUAUAUUCAGUACUCAGGACCUUCCUUUCUUUGUGAAUUCCAAUGAGUGGCACUUAGAUACUUCAGUUGCAGCUGGUGGGAGGUCAAAAGUAUUGCAACUUGUUGUAUAUAUUCCAUCUGCGAAGGAGUGUCCUCUUCAACUGGAGCUUCCAAAUGGAGAGAUCUCUAAGACUAAUGGCUUUAUAUCUCCAAUGUGGGGAGGUGUUGUGGUAUGGAACCCCCAAAGUUGUAUAAAGGAUUUUGAAAGUAAGGGUCCAGUCAGACAUAAGAUUUCUCCUCAGGAUCUCCAUAAGGUUUUUGAAGUUCUCAUGGGGCAGUUACGGCAACUUCUUGGUCUGAAGUCAGAUGACAUUUAUGUUGGUGAGUCAGGCACUUCCAUUCUCCUAGGGAGUGAAAGAGGUUUCACAGAAUGGGAAUUGGAUGCUUUGUCACGGAAGCAUUUUUGUUUUAAUCUCCUUUCAUGUGCCACAACGCUUGGAUCUCUUUCUAGAUUGGUACAAUCAUUACCAAGGAUGAUUAUCAUGGAUGAAAUUGGAAAACAGGUGAAGUUUUCUCUGGAAGCUGCAAAGUCUGCUCAAACUAAUGCGACUAUUGGAAUAUAUGAUGCUUCGGCUGUGUCAUCAAGGCAUUCAAGAUCUCUUGCAGAGGAUGCCUUUUUUCAUCCAUCAAUUAUGUCCAUCAGCUAUUAUUCGUUUGAGCAUUGUUUUGCCAUCUAUUCGCCAUUUUUUCUGCCUGUUACAAUGCAUAUUCUCCUAGCCGCCGUAAGAGAAUGGAAAAGAUACAAGCAAGAAAAUAGAAAGUACUUGACUUGGAAGGCCAAAGCAAAAACUACACCUUAAUUCUUUGAUCAAUAGUGACAACUUGAAGCUAGUUUCCAGGUAGUUGAGGUCUUGUGAUUGUCUCUCCCCAAUGCCUGGUUCUUUUCUAAUUUUUUAUUGCUGACACGGUCCUUAAGGACAACUAGUAUACUUCAAAAACGGCAUUGAUGCGGUGGCUCUUGGUUGUAAGAUAGGUUUUUUUUCUUUUUCUUUCUGUAAUUGAAAAUUCUUAUUGUAUAAUCUAUGAAUUUAUCUAUCCAGAUUUCAGUCUUCUCAGUCUCUUGUCCAUCAAAGCCUUGUUGAGAAUGAAAGUGACACAAUUGACUAGAUUUUGUUGAAUUAUUCAUUGACAUAUUAUUGUGCUA